CUUUGUGGUUUGUCUGUUAUAUGUUCUGUUUUCCUCUGUCAUUGUGCAAAAACCCUAAAAAGUUUACUUUUUUAUGUUGUUAGGCUUAGAGGGUAGUAAAAUUUUAUUAGCUUGCUUUCGGCAUAGUGGAAAUGCGAUAUCACAUGGCCACAGAAAUCGGCGAGUUUCUUUGUGGGUAUCAUUUGCUGGUGAUUCUGUGAAGAUAUAUGCCCGAUUUGACAAGAUCAUCAAUAAGGAAAUUCCUUCUACUGUGGUCUAUGAGGAUGAUAAGGUCCUUGCCUUUAGGGACAUAGAUCCACAAGCUCCUACCCAUAUUCUAAUCAUUCCUAAAGUUAGGGAUGGGUUAACUGGUCUGUCCAAGGCUGAGGAGAGGCACUGUGAGAUUCUAGGUCGACUUUUGUGCACUGCUAAGCUGGUUGCAAAGCAAGAAGGUCUUGAUGAUGGCUUCAGGAUUGUAAUUAAUGAUGGACGAGACGGGGGCCAAUCAGUUUACCACAUUCAUGUACACCUCAUUGGGGGACGACAGAUGGGCUGGCCCCCUUUCUAAAAUGUGAAAAGAUUCGUAGUGUCACGGUAUGCCUUUGUGCAGACCUGCAGUUAUACUCUGCUUAUGCAAUCUAUAAAUAAUGGUUUUAAUUUUUAAAUGACUAAGUAGUGUCUUCAUGUUACACCAAGAAACUAUGAUGUUGUGUUAGAUGGUCUAUACUAAUUAUGUUUAAACUAGUGUGUCAAAUUUAUGCUAAAACCAUAUUCCAAAGUCGUUUAUGGAUUAUGGUUGUUGAUGGCGUUUCAGUUUUUCCUAUGCUAUGUUAUAAUUCCUGCACCAACAUUAGCAGAAUCAUGUUUGUGGAUAAUGAGAUACUGCUGGGCACAUUUUUUUGCAUGUGUGGUUUUGUUUUGUUUUUGAAUUGAAUUGAGAGGUGUGGGGGUGAGUUUGAGUUUA